AUGCCACCGCCAACGUUCCUGCCCACUUUUGGAAAAGCUACCUCAAAAGGUCUUGGUGUCGCUGCCAACAUCAUGAGCAAGUUUGGAUACAAGCAGGGUGCAGGCCUAGGUCGAGAUGAACAAGGGAUGAGUACUGCAUUAACAGUUGAAAAGCUUGGAAAAAAUUCUGGACUUAUUAUAAAUGAGAGUCAGAGUAAUCCGCCUCAUGUGACUGCGCCCCCGAUGGGUGUAGGUCCUGUAAAUAUGGCUGAAGCCAUGAAGCGAUCAACGAAAGUGCUGAUGCUUACGGUGAGCAACUUCUUGAUAAGUUUGCAGUCGUUUUGCUUUUUUGAUGGGUGGUAAUA